UACAUGUGAAAAGGAGAAGCAUUAAUGAAUUAAUGAAAUGACGGUAGAAAAGAGCAUGGAAGGAGCAGUUAAAAAGCGAAGCUGGUUAAAUUGAAGAGGGUAGCCCAUGUUUCUGUUUAGAGAAGAAAAACUAUAUACAGAAGGAGAAAAGGCAGAGAAAAAGCAGAGGGAAGGUGAGAGCAGGAGGCAUAUAUCAGAGUGGAGAGAGUUGGUGUUGCUUUUGCUUUUCUGGGUUUGGGAAUCGUUGAAAGACAGUGGAGAAAGCCUGCAAGAGAAUCCGAGACCUAAACAUGGUAAAGCUUAGGAAGUGAUGAUCUGCAUAGAUUCACCUUUGUUUUUCUUCCUUUCUUUUUAACCUCUCUAAUAAGUACUGUGCACACACUCACACAAACACAAACACACACAUACCUCUCUGCCACAACACACACCUCAUCAGAUAAGCCGUACCACUACCACAGUCCUUCCAAAUUUUCCACUCUCUCUACCUCCUCUCCCUGCACCUUUAUUGCACACUGCUCUCACUGAGACAAAAUAAAAGUGGUGUGAGAGAGUUGAAAAGCACAAAAGAUUAUGACUUUGUCCAUUUGAGACAAAUGGGCUAAGUGUUAGGUAUUUGUUUAGCUCUUAUUUGCAUGGAACGUGCAACCCUUGGGUUGCAAACCCUACUAUUUGCUCCUAGCUUCAUACACUACUCUUGAUAGGGUCAUAGACUGAGUGAGACUGAGAGUGAGAGCGUGAGAUAUAGCUUGUUUGUGUCAUAUAUCUGCAAGCAUCCUAGUGUUAGUGUUGUAGUGAAGGAAAUUUGUUCUUGUUCAUGGAGAGGAAGAGAAAAACCCCUCCCCUUGUGAACAGAACCCGUCUUUCUAGUAUCUCCUUUUUCGUGCUCUUAAUUUUCACACUGAUCUUCAGCAGUAGAAUUACCACUGCCUCCACCAUUCCAUGUUUAGAUACUAAGUGUCCCAUGUUCACCAAAGCGAACACAGAUUUUCAGGAAAAUAAUGGGAAGAUUGGAGAAAGCUGGGUGUCUGGAGGUAAAAAAGAUGUCUUAUCAAUGAGCUGGCCCAGAAGAAGGCUUCUGGGUGGGCCUGGUUCAUCGCCGCCGCGUUGCACCUCGAAGUGUGGCAAAUGUACACCAUGCAAACCGGUUCACGUGCCGGUGCCGCCGGGUACGCCGGUGACCGCCGAGUACUACCCGGAGGCAUGGAGAUGCAAGUGUGGGAACAAGUUGUACAUGCCAUGAAUAAAAUAUAAUAUAACAUAUUUUCUGAGUAUGGUGUAUUUUGGUUGGGUCUAAUACAUAGUUGAUUUUAUUGACUAUAAAAGACUCGCAGUUCUUAGUUUGAUGAGUUACGUUAGCUUUAGCUUGUGGUGGAUAUUGGAUAUGGAAACAGAGUACAGAACUUGAUUUGAUGUGAAAUAUAUAAUAUCUUCACACUGAUUAAUGUUAUUAACAAUAAUGAUGUUA